GCUUUCAGUGAUUGGUGAAAGCCUUCACAUUGGUUCACUUGCAGAGACAUUGGAUAAAAAUCAGGGUAAUGACUCUAUAAUCUCUGUUGCAGUUUGGCUACAUUUCCUUUGUCUCACAACAGAUCUACCCAUGAAGCUGCUGCUUCUCUUCCUAUGGCAACUGCAGGCUCAAAAAGAAGUACAUUUGUUUAACUGAAUGGUGGUGGUGACUGAAUCGGAAGCCAGCAAAAUGGGAGCCAAAGGUCAGAAGUUGCGGGUGAAGCCCCCUUACAACCUCUGAGGUGGCAACCGGCUCCACUUGCCCAAAACUACUAGAGAUGUAAAUGGUCCAUUGGACCUGUGCUCUGCAGCACUCAUGGCAUGUAUGGAGGUUUUGCACGUCGCCCGAGAGGGAGCUCCAUCUGCUGAGUGCCACGGUGUAGGUUGGAGUUUGCAUGCUCCAUCCUGCCAGCCUGAUGAAAGUGGGGCAAAGAAUAGAUUCCUAGUUACGACUGCUGAAUGCUGCGAGCAGCAUUGCAAAGCGGCUGAACUGGAAGAUCCUGCUCAGCCUUCUCUCGCCCUCCUUGCGGUAUCAUCCUUGUCCCCAGAAAUUACGACAACCGGUCAUUUCCCCUGCUCCAACUUUUCAAAGGAAGAGAAGGAGACUGCCUCCAAAAAUGCCUGUUGCUGUGAAUCGGAAACGUCCUUCACCUGCGUGGAUGAAAACACCAACCACCUAAAUCACCCGGGGAGCCUUGCCCAUCGUAGCUGUUGCCAAGACCAAGAGUUCCUUCCCCAUCCUGACCCUGACACAGAGAUGCCUUCAGAAUGGCCCUAUGAUCCACCUUCCAUCAUUUCCGAGGAAGAGGAUGAUGCUGGCUCCGAAGCCGCUGGCGGAAAAUCUAUUGAUUACAGCUUCAUCAGUGCCAUCUUGUUCUUGGUCGUUGGGAUUUUGUUGGUGAUCGUUUCCUAUGUGGUGCCCAGAAACGUAAGUGUGGAUCCCAACACAGUGGCAGCACGGGAGAUGGAGCGCCUCGAGAAGAAGAGUGCCCGGAUUGGGGCUCACCUGGAUCGGUGUGUAAUUGCUGGGCUCUGCCUGUUGACCCUGGGAGGCGUUGUGUUGUCCAGUUUACUGAUGAUGCAGAUGUGGAAAGGAGAACUCUACAGGAGGAACCGAUUUGCAGCUUCCAAGGAGUCAGCCAAACUGUAUGGAUCUUUCAAUUUCCGAGUGAAAUCCUCUACAAGUGAUAAUAUGGAGUUAUCACUUGUGGAAGAGGAAGCUCUUGUUGUAACCAGUUAGCCUGGCCUUGAAGCAGCAAAAAUGGGGAUAGGGGAUAAUUUGCAUUAAAUAGAAGCAAAGGAUCCUUCGACUGACAAAAGCGCCUUUGCCAACCCAUGAAAGGAAAUUUUGCAUUAUAAAGGUGUAUGAUUUGAUGCAGGGGGGAAAGAAAAGAGAGUGCGUUCAAAGUAAGUUCAACAGGUAGUCGCUGGCCUCCAACCAUUCCUUUAGUCACCAUUCAAAGUUACAAGAAAGAGAGAUUUAUGACUCAUUUUUUCACCAACUGUUGCCGUGUCCCCACGGUUACGUGAUCGAAAUUCAGGCGCUUGGCAACCGGUAUGUAUUUCUGACUGUUGGCCUGUCCUGUUUUCUCGUGAUCAUCAUUUGUUAUCUUCCCUGACAAGCAAAGUCAAUGGGGGAAGUCAAGUUUGGUUAAUGCCCGCAUGAUUCCCUUAACGGUUGCAGGGAUGUUUAACAACUGCAGCCAAAAAGAAGGUUGUAAAACAGGAUGCAACUCACUGCACAACUGCCUUGUUUACCAACAGAAAUAAUUGGGCUUAAUUGUGGUCAUAAGGCGAGAACUACCUGUACUGUCUAUAGAAAACAUAUAGCUGUCUUGGUGUACAUAGAAACCAGCUAUGGUGAAUUUCCAACCAUGUGAACUCUGAAGGAAGUUUCAUUCAGAAUCGUGAUAGUCAGCAGGGUGAUACCACAUCAAACUGUCUACAUAAGAAUUCCCCAACCUUUUUGGCUUGGCGGCCCAAGGGAGGAGGGGCAGGUGCCUUCAUGCAUGCGAAUGGGGCUGUGAGCAAGCACACCCACUCGUGCCAGCAUUGAGUGGGCACUUGAGACCCAGUUCAAACGUGCACAUGAAGGUCAACAGUGGUGCAAGUGGGAGUAUGUGCUCACAGUGAUGCUAGCGCCUGUGCCAUGCUCACAGCAACAUGGCUGUGUGACACCAUAAUUGUAGUGGUUCACAUGCACAUGGACUGGCCAACCACCCACAUGGCCACAUGGCCCACAGGUUGGAGAUCCCUGGUCUACAUUAUCAUACUUCAACCACUAUUUUAGUUACUUAAGUUACUUAUUCAUAGGAUUAAUAUUCCAAAUUUUAUCCAGGACCAGUUUCCAAUUGUUCCCCACAUCAUCGGCCUCAUGAGGCUUGCUCCAAUUUCAGCUACAGAGUUUUCCAUGAUUGAGAAUGGACUUGAACCUUGGGUCUCCUAACCCUAGUCUAGACCCUUAGCCAUUACACCAUGAUGGCUAUUCUUGUAACCAUCAGACAGGUUUUCAAGGCCAGGUUGGAGUUGCAUUUAUUAUGAGCUGCAAAGUCAGUUUUGUGGAACCACUUCAGGGCAUUGGGGAAAUGAAAAUGCUGCUCUUGAAUCUAUAUCUAGACCGACUAUAAUGCUGAAGACAUUGGAGGAAACGGAAGGGGCAACGUGAAUAGUUAGGCAAGAUAUUGUGAGUCUUGUUGGAUUGUUAGGAUUCUUGUUGGGUUGUUAGGAUUCUAGCAGCUAUUCUUGGUUCCUGGAUUCUGUCAGUGGCCCUGAUGUGUUGUAUGGGUCCUCGGUUCAAUUUCAUAAUGUCUUAAAUAUAUGAAGAGGCCAUCCCUGAUUAACACCAUAACAUUGUAGAGCAAGCUGGCUUAUGUAGAAAGUCAAGCGUGGUUCUCCAUUGUUCAGAAGACUGGGCAUAAGAUAAUUCAAGGUACAGGAACUCAAAUUGUAAUUGAAUAUUAGGAAACUAAACACUUAAGUAUUAAACAGUUGGGAAUGAGAAUCAGUUAGCCAGAGAAGUUUACUCAAUUGCAAAUUUAUGUUGGAGGGCUGAUGGUAAGGUGAAAUAGAGGUUCUAUGAUCUCAGUCGGUCGUCCCAAUUCUAAGAUUAGGUGCAAAGGUUCAAAUUAGCAUCUUGGGCAAAUGCAGUUGUUGGUUCUUUAACUGACUUUGAUUGGGUUGUCAGCCAAGCCUCGGUAGACAAGAUCAGAAAAGGCUACAGGAAGUUUAGAACUAUACUUUAUUAAGAGAAGGCACAAUAACUUGAUUUUGUAAGCCUGGUUGUGUUAUCCCUUCCCCUUCCUUCCUUAUACUCCAGUGGAUCAGAGAACUGUUUGCUUGAGGCACUUCCAGUUAUUAUCUAACUUCCCAGGACUUAAAGAAAGCCUCUGCCCUCUGCCUAGAUAAUAGUUUUGACAUAUUUCUAUCAAGGGGAUUUCCCUUACUACAAGGGCGAUUGUAUCCAAUUUGUAUUGUAUGCUCAUUAAAAUAAGCAUGAAAUGGAAAGCAUGUUUUGUUUUGAACCUGGAGCAAACAGGUUGUUUCUUGGAAGUUCUGCCAAGUUUCUGGCUGGGAUAUUGUCUGGCAGAAAACCUGGAACAAAUUAGACAUUCCAGAUUACAGCUGAAACAAAAUCCAGGCAAAACCUAUAGGGCAAGUAGAGCAAAGUUAGAGCACUUCUCCCCUCUUCCACAUUGCCUGUGCACACCGAUCCACCCACCAAUCUUCUUGCUACCUUCUUUUUUCCACCUCUCUUUAUGCUGUGCUUUAAGCCAAGGAUAUUGGUGAUGGCAGUAAGGGGAGGUAAGGAAAAGAGGGCAGGCAGACUAAUUGAAUAUGUUGAUUUGAAGUCAAAGACAGCUGUGCAACUAUCUACCCAGUCACCUUCCCAUAAUCCUAUCAGUGCCUUCUCUGUUGUGGCUCCUGCCAUCCAUUGCUUUGGCUCUAUCCCGCUCUACCACCCAAAUAUUUCUGCCUAGAAUACACAGGUUUUGUUCUGCGUACAAAGGACUAGAAACUAGCUGAUUGAUGCACAUAAAGCAAAGGUAAAAGGUAAAGGUU